UAAAAAGGCGCUCUCAAUAUUCAGAUCUUUCGAUCAGGAGCUUUUGAAAGUUUGUUGACCAAAUUUUACGUCUGCACGUCAGAAGGGGGACGAUUUCCAGUUUUGUUGUGGAGCCGUGAGGCAGUAUGGAAGCCGAGUUGCUGACUGGAAGAGGUCAAGAGUUUUGUAGAUUAAAAUCUGCCACAAACAGCUUCCGACAGAGACCAGCAUGCAGAAAUAUAUGCAAUCGCAGGGCAGCCCGGCUGUGCAUAUCCAACGCGGCCAACGGUAGCAAUGGUAACACAGCAAAUCAGCCCCCUCCGGCCUGGCCUGGCCGCGUCAUUGUUCCAGAGGUCACAAAGAGGGAGGGUGUGAAGAAGUUCUCAAUCGUUGGCUCUACAGGGUCAAUAGGCACACAGACGCUGGACAUUGUGAAGGAGCAUGGGGACAGGUUUGAGGUGGUGGCCCUCGCGGCGGGAGGGAAUGUCGCCCUUCUGGCAGAGCAGAUUCGGGAGUUCCAGCCGAAGCUGGUGGCGAUCCGGGAUGCGUCCAAGGUGGCGGAGCUGAAGGAGGCGAUCAGGGAUGUCCCGCGGCAGCCGGAGAUCCUGGUGGGGGACGAGGGCGCGAUCGAGGUCGCGCGCCACCCAGAGAUUGACGCUGUCGUCACCGGCAUCGUCGGGUGCGCGGGGCUGCAGCCGACAGUGGCGGCCAUCAAGGCGGGUAAGGACAUCUGCCUGGCCAACAAGGAGACGCUGAUCGCCGGCGGCCCCUACGUGCUCCCCCUGGCUCGCGAACACGGCGUCAACAUCCUGCCAGCCGACUCUGAGCACUCGGCGAUCUUCCAGUGCCUGCAGGGGCUGCCGGAGGGCGGCCUGCGGCGAAUCAUUCUGACUGCUUCGGGUGGCGCCUUCCGCGACUGGCCGGUUGAGAGGCUCAAAGAGGUCACUGCUGCAGACGCAGUCAAGCACCCCAACUGGAGCAUGGGCCCCAAGAUUACGGUGGAUAGCGCGACGCUGAUGAACAAGGGGCUGGAGGUUAUCGAGGCUCACUACCUGUUCGGGGCUGCCUACGAUGACAUCGAGAUUGUGAUCCACCCGCAGUCCAUCAUCCACUCCAUGGUCGAGACCCAGGACUCCUCCGUGCUCGCCCAGCUGGGCUGGCCGGACAUGCGGCUGCCGAUCCUGUACACCAUGUCGUGGCCGGAGCGUGUGCCCUGCAGCGAGGUCACCUGGCCGCGCCUCGACUUCGCAAAGGCCUCGCAGCUCACCUUCACGCCCCCCGACCGCCAAAAGUACCCCUCCAUGGACCUCGCCUACGCUGCCGGCCGGGCCGGCGGCACGAUGACGGCGGUGAUGAGCGCGGCGAACGAGAAGGCGGUGGAAGUGUUCCUGCGCGAAGAGAUCGCUUACCUGGACAUCGUUCCGCUGGUGUCGGCCUGCUGCGAGGCGCACAAGGCUGACCUCACGGCCGCGCCGAGCAUCGAUGACAUCGUGCACUUUGACGCGUGGGCCCGCGACUGGACGGCUGCCCACGCCAAGACCUUCAAGGGGCGAAAGACGCUCGUCGUCGCCUGAGGUUCGCGCGCGAGACAAUCCGUAAAUGAGACUUUAGACGCUUGUCUCGGACGCUGCUGGCGUGGGAUCAACACCGAGAUGAAUCUUGUGACAACUAUGGCUCAUGGAUAUUGGACCCUCGCUGCCCAUGUGAUUGGGAGAUCAAAGUUUUUGGGUGGGCUGGGCUGCUAAGAGAUUAUUAGAAGCUGAGUAACACCUACUGAUUGUGAGGGGAUGCAGCAAGAGCGGCAGAUUUGUGGUGUCUGUGAUGCUUGUUGAAUGCACCCAGCCGCCAGAGCUCCAGUGAAGGCUGCCCAUCCAGCACUCCUUUUGAGAUCCUCCAGGAUAAGUUUGACACUUUUAAUGACCAAGAAAUGUCUUAUGCUACACGGAGCUUUUCCGACAAGCCACUGUCCUCAAGGUUGCCAGUCUGUGGCUGGGCCAGUUGAAGUGUAACAGAUCUGAGCAAGC